AUGGUUGAUUGUCAAGCAUAUAGCGCCAUCUGCUGUUUAAAACAGCGGGCAUACGAGUACUUCAAUCAGGCUGCGAACGCAGGGAACACACAUGCUAUGGCAUUCCUUGGAAAGAUGUACUCUGAAGGCAGUGAGUAUGUGCCUCAGAACAACGAGACAGCACUGCAUUAUUUCAAGAAGGCUGCAGACUUGGGUAAUCCAGUUGGCCAGAGUGGCCUCGGUAUGGCUUACCUGUAUGGAAGGGGUGUCCCUGUGAACUAUGACCUGGCCUUGAAGUAUUUCCAGAAAGCAGCAGAGCAAGGAUGGGUGGAUGGACAGCUACAGCUGGGAACCAUGUACUACAGUAAGUGUUAUGGCAUUGGAGUGAAGCGUGAUUAUAAGCAGGCCCUUAAAUUCUUCAACCUGGCAUCGCAAGCGGGUCACAUCCUGGCCUUUUAUAACCUUGCACAAAUGCGCACAGGGACAGGGGUCAUGCGCUCCUGUCACACUGCACAGCUCUUCAAGAAUGUGUGCGAGCGCGGCCGCUGGUUCUGAGAGACUCAUGGCAGCUUACAGGAAGGCGUUAAGGAGGGUGAUAUGGAUUCUGCUAUACAGUAUCUCAUGCUGGCUGAACAGGGCUAUGAGGUUGCACAGAGCAAUGUGGCCUUCGUCCUUGAUCAAAGUGAGGGGUCGCAGAUCUUCAAUGAAAAUGAAACGUACCCACGGGCUUCUCACUGGACCAGAGCAGCUGCUCAAGGUUACACCGUGGCCAGAAUCAAGCUGGGCGACUACCAUUUCUAUGGCUAUGGUACUGAUGUGGACUAUGAGACUGCAGUGAUUCACUAUCGGCUGGCCUCUGAGCAACAGCACAGUGCACAGGCUAUGUUCAACCUGGGUUAUAUGCAUGAGAAGGGCCUUGGGAUCAAACAGGACAUUCAUCUGGCUAAACGUUUCUAUGACAUGGCUGCAGAAGCCAGUCCUGAUGCCCUUCCUGUGUUCCUGGCCCUGUGCAAGCUGGGCCUUGUUUAUGCACUACAGUACUUGCAGGAUCUCAAUCUGAAGGAGGUUUUGUCUCAGGUGGAUCUCGACCAGUUGCUUGGUCCAGAGUGGGAUCUCUACCUAAUGACUGUCAUUGCUCUGCUUUUGGGCACAGUAAUCGCAUAUCGGCAGCGACAGCACCAGGUUGUACCCAGAGCCCCAGCAGCACCCAAUAGACCUCCAGCCCAGCCAGAGCAGCCUGCCGAAGAACCUGAAGAACAAUGAGAGCAAGGGAUCAGGGUGGAGGUGACCAAACUGGACUAGGCUUAUGAGAGAGCGGUUUGAGGCCCAGUAGUGUCUCUCCUUUUUUGGGACAACCGCUGAAAAUUACACCCUGCUCUGGUCUUUAACCCUGCAAACCAUCAAAGAGCUUUCAGGACUCUUGUUGCCCUGUUCAAACCCCCUCCAGUCUUUUAACUGUGGCAUGGGGAAAAACUUUUACGAAAUCUUAAAUGUGCGCCUCAGGGUUUUGCCAGGUGAAAUAACAUUUGUGCAAAUCAACGCUCACUAUGUGGUGGGAAAGACAACAUUGCUGAAUGAACUCUCUGCUUUUUUUGUUUGCCACUGUGCUAAAAGCCAAGGAACUUGUUUUUUGUGCAACCCAUUCAGGAUGUUUUUUUUGUGUUGUUUUUGGUAGUGUUAAAUUUGAUCACCAUGCCUCUUUGAGAUGUAAGGUGGGUUUCGCUUUGAAUUUGAAAUGUAAAAAGUUCACACUUUAAGCAUGCUUUGCAUUCAGUGGAUAAUAUUGGAU